CGCCUCUACUGGCGGGGGAUUUCUCACCCAGUGACAAUGACACGAAAGAAUCCUGCCAUUCUGCCUUCAACCCCCGAGCAGCAGCUAUGAGUUCUAUGACCAGAGGUGGCUCUUGGCAUUCGCCAACAUCGUACCCCAAAUCCCUGUCUGUCGCAGUGUUGGGAACAGCAGCACUGUUAAAGAACGACGUUGGAAAUCAGAUCCUUCGCAAUCCGAGUGCGUUUCUUACAGUCAGCAACCAUCUUACUCAAAGCAGAAACCACAACUUCCGUGUGAUAAACACACCUAAUUUCUUCGACGAACACUGCCAGAGUCCCGACCAGCAGAUCAUUGACUUCAUGGCCAUCUCCCACCCAGGACCGGACCUAUUUAUCCUCGUAGUAGAUCCUGCUGAGGCCACAGAGGAGAAAGCUGUUGCUCAAAUAACCAAACUUACAUACAUUUUCGGUGACUCACUGUUGCCGUAUCUUGUAGUUUUGCUACAAGAUGUAGACAGCUACCAUUCCCUCCAUCACCUGAUGGAUCACUUCAACCUCACUGUAGCCUUGAACAAAGAAAACCUGGCCGGUGACUGUCGGAGGUGGUGUUGCAACGGAACCUCAUUCCACUAUCAGUACAUUAACUACAGUGAAGAGGUCGUGAAAAGAAGGAAGGAAUCCCUGGAGAACAACAGAUAUCUUUACAGCACUGGAGGUCUCCCUGCGACACCACAGCUGCCUUCUCCCAGAAAAGAUUCACAAAACAGGACACUUUCAAUGCGAAACCCAUAUGAUCCAGAUGAGACAAUAAGGGGUACAAAGAUAACAGAAUACACCAUGGUUCUGUUGGGACGCUGUGGAGCUGGGAAGAGUGCAUCUGGAAAUACCAUUCUUAAGGCUGGCCAGUGCAAAACCACAACGCUGUUCAGAUCUGAGCCCAGCUCUGUCCCAGUGACCAAGCAGUGUGAGGCCAAGUUCACACAGCUUGGUGUUCCUGUGAGGGUAGUUGACACACCUGACCUCUUCAGUAAUCAGUUGCCCAACGUGGAACAGCAGAUCGCCCAGUGUCGAGGGUUCUGUCGGAGUAAACUCUGCACCAUCUUAUUGGUGUUUCAGUUUGGAUUCUUCUCCGAUGAUGAGGCGGAACUAUUGAAGAGGUUUGAAAACACACUGGGCACCAAGAUCCGAGAUCGCACCAUCAUCCUUCUCACACACGCAGAGGACCUUGAUGGACAACUGGGGAAUUACUUCGCCUCCUAUCCUCGACUUCUGGAAAUGGUCCAACAGUGUCAGAACCGUUUCCAUCUAUUUAACAACAAUUCUCCAGACCGCAAGCAGGUCAAAAACCUUCUGAAAAUGAUCCCUAACUAUGCAGCUAUUUUUCAGAAUAGCACUCAGAAGAAUGAUUGUCCUUUGGGUUAAUUCUUGAGUUCAGCAAAAGAAAAAACAGAAAUGGUUUGGCUGAUUUCACAGGUUUUGAACCUUUUUUUUAACUUUGUGAUUAGUGAUUCUUUUUUGUUACACCACUGAUAUUUGUUGUGAAAACUCAGCCAUGAGACAAGUAUUUGACAGGUAUAUCAAUUAAUCCUCCAUUGUUUAUCGUGAAUUCAGAAGUGUGUACUGAACCGAUGGUCACCCGUUCGGUCACACAGUGCUCUUGGAGAAGCUUGUGGUCGCUAAAAGGUUGGUGACCCCUUAUUUAUGGCAAUAUUCAUAAAGUCAUUGAUGCUUAUUAUUGUAAAUCGAGACAUGUCAAAUUCUGUGCUGUAUGUUUCGCUUUAACAGAAGAUAUUUUGGACGAUUUAGGAGUGAAGUUUGUGGAGUUAAAGCAAGUACUGUCGUGGAGAAUGGUAUUGUUGGGCUAAAUAAUGUUGUAUUGGAGGUAAAAAGAUUUUGAGUAUUUGAGCGGCAAUUGGAGUGUACAUUUAUAUAUUCCUCUUUUUAUUUUUUUUAUUUUUUUUUAGAAAUUUUGAUUUUUGUCUUUGUACUGUACAUGCCUGCACCUAUACUUUAUACACUGUUUGGAAGCAAAUAAAUCACCUGCCAUUAAUCUUCUGAACCAUACAGCAUGUCAUUUUUGUAGAGUGUUAAGGGAGUUAGGAGAGAAAGAAAAGAAAACAUGACAGGUUAUAUACGUAUUUAUGACCACCUCACCUGCCUUCACUCACAUGUGAACUUAAGUUCCAUCUGAUUCCUCAGCCAUGAGG